AUGCCUCUUCGGGCGUACCACGACUCUGGCUUUGCGUGGCGGGAUCCCAACAACUGGAGCGGUGACGCGGGCGCGUCGAUCGACUUUGCCCUAAGCGCAUUUGACGGCACGAAAAUCUCCGUCUCGACCUUUGGCAAACCGUAUGCGGCGUCGCCCGUGCUUCGCACGAUCCGCGGCUGGUCGGGCGAAAAGGUCUUGUACAUUGAGUGGACGACGUACGCGCAGUCCAACACCAACAUUUGGCUCUUGCCAACAUUGCUCACGCACCAAUUUGGGGAUCCGCGCUGGCCACAUUGUGGCGAAUAUGACAUUUUUGAAAUGUUCAAUGGCGGCAAACCUGCGGGCACGAAAAACUACUUCAACUAUGGCUAUUUUGGCCAAUCGACGACGCACAUUGCGUCCCUUGAGUGCUUUGCCCCCGAGUACAUUGCGUCCCCGAUGGUGUCGUCGAGCGCCGCCCAGUACGAGAUCGAAUUGGGCGUCUCGACGACCAUGGCCGUCAUCUUUGGCUCCGACGACCGCGGACAAUACCUCCAGCAGAUCCAGAACCCGGUGUUGCUGCCUGGACCCAACGCAACCUUCGACAUCUCGCUCAGCGACGGUGUCAUUGGCGCGCGCAUCUACAACGAUGCCAACCACUACUGGGGGGUCCCCCCCGUCGGGGGCUGUGCCGCGGGCUUUGAUCCCGCGACCGGGUACCCUUUCUUUGGCGAGUUUCGACUCGUGCUCCAAGAACAGUAUUUGGGCUACUUUGACGUCACGAACUUUCUCGUACUGCAAAAGCGCACGUAG